AAGUAAAAUAACACUCCGAAAUUUUCUGUUAGUACUCCUGUUAUUUCUCUAACUGCAAGGAACUGAAGAUAUGUCAUUUGCCCGGCUGCAAACCGAACCGAAAUCGAAGAAGCCGGCGGAGAAAUGAAGAUCGAUGCUCCGAGGCCCGCGCUCUCUCUUCCUUAUACCGAUCCCCGUACCGAUCCGAUCCCUAUCCCGUUCUUCUCCCUCUUCCUCCUGCCUCUCUGCUUGAGCAACAUGUGCGCCGCUUUGUAACGCCAAUUAUGGUCCCAUAAUUCCAGGGCAUUAUCUGUUCUGUGGGAGCACAAAAGACGCGCUCUGGAAUUGGAAUUACAAGAUACAAGAUCGCUUCACGGCGAGAGAACGUUCUCGGCGAUGCGUAACCGAGCGGCAAAUGAGUGGGGAGAGGGAGUGAUCGAGAUCUCGGCCAGGUAGAUCUGGACUCGGAUGUGCUCUCCGGCGCUCUCUUGAGUGGAACGGAGUUGAACUCGCAGAGCUGCUCGGGCUGACCGCUUGUCGGAGCGGCCGCUCAAGUCAGUUUGUUUGUGGACUCAGGCGUCGACGGACGUAUGCGUUCGCCAAAAGAAACCGCAGAUUAAGAACGAUCCACGAGAUACAGAUACCGAUAGCGACAUCGAGGCAGUGAAAGUGUGCCGCACCGGAGACACAGCUACACAGAUAGAGAUAGAGAUUACCCGCCUGCCGACCAAUAUAAAAGUAAACCAUGGAGAGCCUGCCGCGCGCAUUGAACUACGAGCUCUCGCACGAUUUGCAUUUCGACCACUACGCCGGUCCAGCCGCCCAGAAGAUUCUGAACAGCGGGAGGAGUACUCCCGAAGCCUCCACGCCUACGAUCACCACCCUGGACGCCAUUUCGGGCAGCGAUUUCCUGAAACAGAUUGGCCAGCAGAUCCUCAGCUCCAUCCAGCUGAAGCACCACCACCAGCUCAACGAAGUCAACCACCCGAGGAACGCCACCGGCGGGGAGAUAAUGGAUUUCGACCUGGCCAACCGGGUGGUGCUGGACAGCAGCAGUGUGGGCCAGCUGCAGCAGCAGCUGGAGUACGACAAGUUCAUGAACGAGGUCUGGAUCGGCAUCGUCUUCACCCUGAUCCUCAUCUCGAUGGUCUUCUGCAUCUGCUCCUGCUUCCUGUACCACCAGUUCCGAACCUGGAAACGCAAUUAUCGCAACAAUGCCAGCGGCUCGACGCAGUGCACCGUUGUGGAUAUAGAGGCGUUGAAGCUGCACCCGGAAGCGGAGGACCCGGUGCCGGAGUACACCCUGGUAUCCGGACUGCCCAGCUACGAGGCGGCGCUGAAGCUGCUGCAGAAGUCGCCCCAGUCCUCCUGCCUGAUUGUCUACCCGAGUGUGUUUAAUGUGUUCAAUAGGCAGGAGAGGAGCGGCCAGGAGCCGCUGCAUCCAGGAGUUGCAGCCUCAGCACCUCCGGCCUCGGCAGCCGAGAGUGCGGCAGCACCGCAGGCACCUUCGUUUUGCGAGGCCACAAUGCCGCUGCUACCAGCAACAGCAGCGCCGGCAACAGCAACACCAGCAACAGCAACACUGGCAACAUCUGCGGCCACAGCGACAUCGCCCACGUGCGCGGCGAUUAAGCCAAACUUUGUGAUGAUGCCAAUUGUGCCCAGCUAUGCGGAGGUAUUCGGCAGCUCCUACAAGACCGUCGACGAGAAAAAGAAAUCGAAGGCGAAAGACAGCCAGGUGAAAGACGACGGCAAGCGGUAGAGCCACCUCGAGUGGCUGCCGCGCGGGUGCCCAUCCACGCAACUGAGCUCUGUGAUACCUCAUAUUCAUGCUGGAAAGACAUACUUUAUGUAAUUAAACUAAGCGCUGUGAUUAUCAAAAGACGUUACUAAACACUCUACUCGCUACUGAACGUGCUAGCCAGUUAGUUUCGCCAGAUUGUACUUAAUGACUCUGUAUCCAGUACUUAUGGAAACGCGAAGACGCACAUUGUUACUAGACUUAAGUAGGCCGCCAACUAGGUGAUAAUAAAUUAUACACAAAAUACCUAACAAUCAAA